AUGGCUGCGGCAUACAAGGCAGGGAAGAUCUCCAACAACCCCUUCGGCAGCGGGGGUGGCCCAGGAGGGCAAGGCGCCAUGGUUCCCCCACCAGCCAACCUUGGAGGUAAGGGAGGUCCCCCUGGUCCAGGUGGGCCUAUGGGAGGAGUACCCCCAGGGAUGCCACUGAUGGGACACCCCCAUGGAGGACCCAUGCCACCAAUGAUGCCAGGAAUGCGACCCCCAAUGGGACCUCCGAUGGGCCCCCCGAUGCACCCAAUGAUGUCAGUAGGCAUGAGGCCACCAUUAGUGGCAGGACCUCCACCCAACAAAAUGCCAAGGAAGUGAGGUCAUGGCGAAGAAAAAUAGAUAAACAUUUGACAUUCACAGAGGACGAGACCAUUGUUGUACUGGACACUUUGUUGACAGUGAUGGUGACUUCCUUACUGCAACCAUCAUGACUGGAGUUUGUGAAAAUUACAUCCUUUUAUUGCCCCCAAGAAAGCCCAAUUUGUUAAGCUAGUAAUUGAACAGUUGUAUUGCAUAUUCAGCAUGGCUGUAUGUAAGUGAGGUAAUGUUUUUGGUAUGUGAAUAAGAUUCAUCUUAUCAUUAUAGAAAAAUUUCUAUGUUUAGAGGGGUGGUGGGGUAGCCUAGUGGUUAAAGCGUUGGCUCGUCACGCCGAAGACCCAGGUUCGAAUCCCAACAUGGGUAAAAUGUGUGAAGCCCAUUUCUGGUGUCCCCCGCCGUGAUGUUGCUGGAAUAUUGCUAAAAGCGGCGUAAAACCAAACUCAGUCAGUCUAUGUUUAGAAAGGGUAAAUUAUAUAACUGUGAGAUAGAACUCGCCGCCAGUUUUCCGACUCUGUUCAUAUGUGCUGUAUGCUGUAAUAUUUUUAUGGAAAGAGUCUGAUAGAGGAUUUGGUUUGAGAUUCUCUCCAAUCAUGAUCUUUGUGUUUGGGCUGUCAGCAUGCAUGACUUGCAAUGGAUUGGGCUGUCUUCCAGCAAUUAACAGACAUGUCGUUAUGGAACUGAAAUAUUGUAUUCUGUCAUUUUUAGUCCCUAGCUUUGGAAGCACAAGCAUGUCCACACAAACAACAGCGAAUAUAUUCAGUAUCAAUGUUAACAUUAUGAUAUUCCAAUGAAAGAAUCAGAACUGAAUACGUUUUUCUGGUAUGGGUUUGGGGGUAAGCCAAGAUAAGAAUCUGUUUUUAUGUGGUGUGUAUUUUAGAGCAUUAUUAUAAUUUUAAUUAACCACUUGUCGCCUGCCUCAUGAUUGGAAGUUAUGUUUUGGACAAGCAUCCCAGGGAUUUUAUAAUGAGAUAUAUCCAGGUUUCUUCAUUGUAUGUUACAUCAUGACAUGUUUCAACUUCACAUCAGAAUAAAAAUUACAUUUAUCA